GCGCGUGUAUUGCACGAUUGUUCUGUAGCGGAAUCCGUUUCGUUUUCCUCGUGGCGAUGCACGACGAAUCGUACUGUACUGAAUGCGCCCUCGCUGCCUCCAUUCCAUGCCAAUCCUGACGAACACAAGAAGAUAAAGAAAUUCAGAGUUUAAAGCGAUUUAACUUUCUUUUGAUCCUAUUUUGUCUUUGAGUUUAUUAAAUCCUCGGGAGUUCUUCAAUUUUCUUCAUCUUUUCUUCUCAAUUUCUGGGUUUUUUUUGGCUUGAAAGUGGCGAUUAUCUUGAAAAAUCGCUUUGGGAGUUUAUGAUUCUUGAAAUAAAUGAGUUUGGAUUUGGUUUUGGGGUGGGGUGUUGUUCUAUUCGCGUUCCUCCCUUUGAAUCUCGUGGUGAAGAUCUUCAGAUUCAGGUUUAAAUUCAAGUUCUAAGUUGAAUUUAAGAACUAGGUUCUGCGGAUUCUUCUUUCAAAUUUUAGGGUUUAAGGCGGUUCAAUCGAAUGGGUGCUAAUCUGUCGAAUAACAGUGGAAGAAAUGGUCCGCCAUUAAUGUCAGGGCUUGAAGAUAUGCCGGAAAACUGUGUGGCUCUGGUUCUAAUGCAUAUGGACCCGCCGGAGAUUUGCAAAUUAGCCGGAGUUAAUCGGAUGUUUCGCGGCGCUGCGUCGGCGGAUUUCAUCUGGGAGUCUAAAUUGCCUUGUAAUUAUCAGUUUCUGAUGGAUAAAGCAUUCGAGUUCAACGAGAAAGAGAAAAGAACAGCGAAUUUGAGGAAGAAAGAUGUGUAUUCUAAGCUCUGCAAACGAAAUACCUUAAAUGGCGUCUGGAAGGAGUUCUGGUUGAACAAGAGAACUGGAGGGCUAUCAAUGGCUAUCUCUUGGAAAGCAUUGAGUAUCACUGGAAUUGAUGAUCGGAGAUAUUGGAAUCAUAUUUCAACAGAGGAAUCCAGAUUUCAGACGAUAGCUUAUCUUCAACAAACAUGGUGGCUCGAGGUGAACGGAGAGCUCAAGUUCCAAUUCCCAGAAGGGAGAUACGCGGUGUUCUUCAGGCUCCAUCUCGGGAAACCAUCGAAGAGACUCGGUCGUCGAGUCUGCUACACAGAUCAAGUCCAUGGCUGGGACAUAAAGCCGGUGAGGUUUCAGCUGACGACGUCCGAUAAUCAGCAUACCGAAUCGCGGUGUUUCUUGGGCAGCCCUGGGAAUUGGCUAAACUAUCACGUGGGAGAUUUCACGGUUGAAAGUAGUGGGAAGAACAACAGUAUGAUGAAGCUGAAAUUCUCAUUGACUCAGAUUGACUGCACACACACCAAAGGAGGGCUCUGCCUUGACUCUGUGCUGAUACGGCCUUCUACUCAACCAAACCAGCCAAAGUACAGAUUUUGUAGCUAAUCGACCAACACGGGUCAGAUCGGAUUGGAUCGGAAGUCUGAUGGGGUUUGAGACGAGGACUCCGAGUCGCUCAGAGACCGAGCUGGAUCACUCACUAGUCGGAAAAAUGCCUAGUUUUUCAAUUUUCAGACAUGUUCUGUUUGAAAGUUUUGGUGUCAUUUUAUGUUUCGGGACUUCGAAUAUGAUUUAGACCAUAAAUAUGAAACAUCAUAAUAUAACGAUGGAGAUAUGUCUGGACAGAAUCACGUCCUUUGCCUAAUUACUACUAUUUGUGUGAGUGGUUAUAUAAUAAAGUGUUGUAAUUUUUUUUUU